UAAGAAAAGGAUAAGAAGAAAGUUCAGCCGAUACCAAAGUUAAUCUUCUUUGAGAUAGAAAUGGACAUGCAACGCGGAAAGUUAUUCAAGGCCUAGAAAUACUAGCUUCGGGCUCUACAAAUAUGGAUCCGCUACUGUCCCUCCGUUAUCUCGGCUAGUGCGAAAGCAUAAAUCUAUUAUUAAUCGCACCGCGAGCAUCUCCGCGUUUCCGUGCACGGCGCGCGUUCGUUGAACGCCAGCGCGACGUUGCGUCACCGAUUCCGCAAAGAAAAUUUCGAAAAUUACAGUUGAGGUUAGUUUGUUGACGUGUAGCGUAAUCAUUCGUCCUACCGGCGUGUGUAUCGGGGAUCGGAGGAAAACACAAAUGUGAGAACAGUAAAUAAUGGUACUCGCGAAUGUCGUCCGUUUCGUCAAGCAGAGCGAGAGGAUCUUCCGUCCCAAGAGAAUCGGCCUGACCGCCCGCGAUUAUCCGAGAGCCCUGACCUCGAGCACCGUCGAGAUGAGUACACCCAAAAUCGUGAUUACACGGCCGGAUAUACCAGCUGCGGGCUUGAAUUUGUUGCGUAAACGAUAUCACCUCAUAAUAUGGGACAGGCCUACGCCGAUUCCGCGCCUGGAAUUGUUGGCCAAGGUUCGCGGUGUCGACGCUAUAUUCUGCACGCUGACGGACGUGAUAGACAACGAGCUUCUAUCGUACGCGGGUCCGCAGCUCAAAGUCGUGGCGUCGAUGUCAGUGGGCGUGGACCACCUGGAUAUACACAGCUUGCGAGAGAAAAACAUCAAGGUCGGUUACACCCCGAACGUCCUCACCGAGAGCACUGCGGAGCUGGUAAUAGCUCUUCUGCUGGCCACGUCGAGGAACUUAGUACGCGCCAAUUCUGCAAUUUACAAAAACGAAUGGGUAUCCUGGUCGCCCUUAUGGAUGUGUGGCCCCGGGCUGGCGGGUAAAACCGUAGGCAUCGUCGGCCUGGGUAGAAUUGGCCUCCGAGUCGCGGAGAUACUUAAGGGCUUCAACGUCGCCGAGAUACUGUACACCAGCAGAACCGAGAAGCCGGAGGCGUCCAAGCUUGGCGGCGAAAAAGUCGACUUUUCCAUCCUGCUCAAGAGGAGCGACUUUGUCAUAGCGACCGUGGCACUGACGCCACAGACGAAAUACAUGUUUAACGCCUGGGCCUUCAGCCAGAUGAAGAAGACGGCUAUAUUCGUGAACGCCAGCCGCGGGGCUGUGGUGGAUCAGGACGCGCUGAUCGAUGCCUUGAAGAAUUAUACAAUCGCGGCGGCUGGCCUAGACGUCACGACGCCAGAACCGUUGCCAGUGGACAGUGAACUUUUAUACCUCAGUAAUUGUGUGGUUCUGCCGCACAUAGGAAGCGCUACAAAAGAAACCAGAGACGAAAUGGCGAGUAUCACGGCAAAAAAUAUCAUAGCCGUCUUAGAAGGAAUCCCAGAAGAGAUGCCUGCGGAAUAUGUAAUAUAAAUGUAAAUUCUAGACGUUUGCGAUACGACGUGUAAUCGCGAGAGAUUCCCGUUAAUGAUCAUUGUGAUACGGACUUUUCAGCAGGGUUGGGAAAGUUACUUUAUAAAAGUAUCUAGUUACAGUUACAGUUUUUUCGCUAAAAAUGUAACUAGUUACAGUUACAAGUUACCAAUUCUAAAAAGUAACGCAUUACAGUAACAGCUACUCAAAAAGUAACGAAUCGUUAUUUUGCAAUUACUUGCAAUGAAAAUAAAAAUAUCAUAUACCUGUG